AGCACUACUCGUGGUGCCCGAAUUAACGGACACAUAAUUUCAGCUUCAAGGCUCCCAGGUGCUCUUCAAGUUGAACCCUUUUUAUUUUCUCCAGUUUAAUUUUGAUUUCUUCGUUGUUUAGGUAUUUUUCUCCGUGAUGGGUUCUUUAUCCUCUUUGAACUCAAUCUGCAUUGAUGGAGGCUGCUUCGUCAAAUACCAGGACGGAGUCAAGAAUUCAAUGGUUAAGAAGCUUUGUGUUAGAGCUUCUGUUGCUAAAUCAGUACCACAAAACAUAGAGAUUAAGACCCAGAGGUCGGAGAAGUUCCGAAUUGGUGUGCUUGGGGCCAGUGGAUACACUGGUUCGGAGAUAAUUAGACUUCUUGCAAGUCAUCCGAACUAUCAAAUAACCCUGAUGACGGCAGAUAGGAAAGCUGGCCAAUCGAUUGGAUCAGUGUUUCCUCAUUUGGUCAGACAAGAUUUGCCGGAUAUGGUUGCUGUUAAGGAUGCAGAUUUUUCCACUGUUGAUGCUGUAUUCUGUUGUUUGCCUCAUGGGACGACUCAGGAAAUUAUCAAAGGUCUGCCGAGUAGUUUGAAAAUCGUUGAUCUAUCUGCGGACUUUCGGCUCCAAGAUGUUGCUGAGUACGAGGAAUGGUAUGGUCAGCCUCAUAGGGCGCAGGAAUUACAGAAAGAAGCUGUAUAUGGCUUGACUGAGAUAUGUCGACCUGAGAUCCAAAAUGCACGCCUAGUUGCAAAUCCUGGCUGUUAUCCAACUUCUAUUCAGCUUCCACUUAUCCCCUUGAUAAAGGCCAAUCUCAUUGAAAUGAAGAGUAUCAUUAUUGACUCAAAAUCUGGUGUUAGUGGAGCAGGGCGUGGAGCUAAGGAAGCUAAUUUGUACACAGAAAUAGCUGAAGGAAUACAUUCUUAUGGUGUAACCAGGCAUCGUCAUGUGCCAGAAAUCGAACAAGGAUUAUCAGAGGCUGCAAAAUCAAAAGUUACUGUCAGCUUUACCCCACACUUAAUGCCAAUGAGCCGUGGUAUGCAAUCAACUAUAUAUGUGGAAAUGGCCCCCGGAGCAUCUACUGAAGAUCUAUAUCACCAUUUAAGGCAUUUUUAUGAGAAAGAAGAAUUCAUUGUUUUGUUAGGAAAGAACGAAGUCCCUCAUACUCGACAUGUUAGAGGAUCCAAUUACUGCUUGAUAAACGUAUUUCCUGAUCGGAUCCCUGGAAGAGCAAUAAUUAUCUCCGUUAUUGAUAAUCUUGUGAAAGGAGCUUCCGGUCAGGCAUUACAAAAUCUUAACUUGAUGAUGGGUAUCCCAGAGACAACAGGACUCCUCUUCGUCCCUUUGUUUCCUUAAAAUGGCGGUUAAAUUUUUUAUAUUACACACAGAAACAGCUGCUGUGUUCCCCAGGCUGAUGAUUUUAGAGGACAAAACUGAACUGCAUCAAUGGCAGAGCAAAGUUGUCUGACUGACUUCUGUUUGCCCUGUGCCUGAAUAUUUCCUUCACGUUCUAAUCUGAGUUUGCUGAAGAAGGGAUGACAAUCUCAAUUAUUCACAUUAUGUUGUUCAUGUCUUUUUUCUUC